CUUCUACCUGCUGCAGCCUCAGUUUAUCUUCAGGGAGAUAACGGAGGACAAGUUCACUCUGAGGAAAAUCUCCUCAAACACACACUUUCUUUCUCUGCUGGGAUUAAACUGAAGCUUCACGAGCUGAAGACACAAUGAAGCGCAGGAAGUCGUCGUGUUGUGGAGCCUCUUCCCUGGAGGUGGCGCUCUCCGUCCUCUUCAUCCUCGCGACGUUGGUUUGUGUGACGAUGAUCGCGCUGUUCGUCACCAGGGAAACGGCCACAGGUCCAGAUCCGUCUCCUUCCCCGAGUCCAGAGCCUCAGUCCAGACCUUAUCUGAUCGGAGCCGGUCGAGCCGACUGCACCGGACCCCCGGCUGAAAUCCCUCUGAUGGGAUACGCUAACCCUCAGCAGACGGCUGCAGGGAUUCACACUCGUCUGUACAGUCGAGCUUUUAUCGUGGACGAUGGGCAGCGGAGGGUCGUGUUCGUCUCUGUGGACGUAGGAAUGAUAUCGCAGAGGCUCCGACUGGAGGUCUUGAAGGCGUUGAAGUUGCGGUUCGGGGAUCUGUACCAGCGGGAUAACGUGGUCCUGAGUGGGACUCACACCCACAGCGGCCCGGCCGGAUACUUCCAGUACACCCUGUUCCUGAUCAGCAGUAAAGGCUACAUGAAGGAGGCCAUCGAGCCGCUGGUCCUCGGCAUUGUCAGGAGUAUAGACAUAGCCCACCACAACAUGAGGCGGGGCAGGAUUUACAGGAACCGGGGGGAGCUGGACCACAGCAGCCUGAACAGAAGUCCUCACUCAUACCUGAACAACCCCGAGGACGAGAGACUCAGGUACGAGGGAAACACAGACAAACAGGUGCUGGUGCUGAAGUUCACGGAUCUGAGAGGAAACGGGAUCGGUAUGAUCAGCUGGUUCGCCGUCCACGCCGUCAGCAUGAACUACACCAACCGCAUGGUGAGCAGUGACAACAUGGGCUACGCCUCCUACCUGCUGGAGCAGGACGAGAACCCUGGAGAACUACCUGGACAGGGAGACUUUGUGGCCGGUUUCUCCUCCAGUAACCUUGGAGACGUCAGUCCCAACAUCAGAGGACCUCACUGUGAGAACACGGGGCUGCCCUGUGACUACCUGAACAGCUCCUGUCCUGUAGGAGGGACUAAGAUGUGCAAAGCGUUUGGACCUGGAGACGACAUGUUUGAGAGCACGAGGAUCAUCGCACACAACAUCUACAAGAAGGCCAAGGAGCUGUACGUUAAUGCAGUGGAGGAGGUGACCGGCUCCAUUUACUCUGCUCAUCAGUGGGUCAACAUGACGGACGUGACGAUCCAGAUCAACGACACUCACACGGUGAGGACAUGUAAACCAGCUCUGGGCCACAGUUUUGCAGCAGGAACAACAGAUGGAGGAGGAGACCUGAACUUCACUCAGGGCGCCGUGGAAGGAGACCCGUUCUGGGACGGGAUCCGAGACGCUCUAGUGGGAGCGCCGUCCAAUGAGACACAGGAAUGCCAUCAUCCUAAACCGAUCCUGUUCAGCACAGGGGAGAUGAACUGGCCUCUGCCUUGGCAUCCCCAGAUCAUCGACGUCCAGAUCAUCACCGUCGGAUCUGUAGCGGUCGUAGCGGUUCCUGGAGAAAUGACCACCAUGUCAGGCCGGAGGUUACGAGAAGCUGUCAAACAGGAGCUUCAGUCUGAGGGGGCGUUCAAAGACACGGAGGUGGUGAUCGCUGGCCUCAGUAACGUCUACACUCACUACAUCACCACCUAUGAAGAGUACCAGGUGCAGCGUUAUGAAGGAGCCUCCACCAUCUUUGGUCCGCACACGCUCAGUGCGUACCUGCAGAAGUUCAGAGGCCUGGCCAGAGCCAUCGCUCAGGACCGAGUGUCUGAGCUGCCGGCCGGCCCUCAGCCUCCCUUCUUUGACAAUCCUCUUAAUCUGAUGUCCUCUGCAGCCGUUGACAAAAAACCACCAAACACCAACUUUGGAGACGUCCUGCAGCAAGUUCAUCCCGUUUAUAGACCGGGUGAUGUUGCUUCGGUCACGUUUGUAGCAGGAAACCCCAGACACUCUGGAGAUAUCAGGGAUAGAACUUUUGUUACUGUGGAGAUUUUUGACAGCACAACAGAAACCUGGGAGGUUGUCCACACAGAUGCAUCAUGGGAGACCAGGUUUCAUUGGCUGAAAGGUUCGAACCGUCAGAAUAACGCCACCAUCGAGUGGCACAUCCCCCUGUCGGCCCCCAGCGGCUCCUACAGGAUACGACACUCUGGACACUACAAACAGAUGAAAGGCUUGAAACCCGUCAUCACUCCCUAUCGAGGAUCAUCCAAUGAGUUCAGGGUCACUGCCAGCUUCUAUCAUCAGUGAACGGAUCAACACUCAAUUAAAAAAAAACUAAAUUUGACUUAAAAUACUAAGAAAAUGACAAAAUUCUGUAAAUAGCAAAAAUAUUUAUUUGAAAGUGGUCUGUAUAGAAAUCUGUCUGACAGAAUUACACAACACGAGGACAUUAAUUAUCAUCACAGCAGAGUCAGGAUAAGGUGUGAACAUUGACGUGCACUCAGCAUUCAACAGGUUUAAACCUCAGCAGGAUGUUGAGCUUCGGUUCAUGACGACACACCGACAAUGUUUGAUAAGGAACACGGAUCUGGUUCCUAGAGGACAGCGUAUAGAUUAUUGUAUAGAGGCUGGAUUCUGUUCAUGGUCAUUAAACACACAUGUUUCUUCACA